AUGUCGGGAUCAUUUCCAAUGAACGGUGGAAAUGGCAUCUACAGCUACACCAAGAACUCCGAAUUUCAGAGAGAAGCUUUAAACACAAUAAAAGAAAUGAUCGACAUGGCAAUUGCUGAGAAGCUUGACGUAAAACACUUGACUUCUACUUCAAGAUCAAUUCAUCUUGCAGACUUGGGAUGUUCAGUUGGACCAAAUACUUUCAUUGCCAUGCAAAAUGUAAUAGCAGCUGCGGAAAAGAAAUACUAUGCUAAAAGUCUAUCUUCCGAAAAGCUUGAAUUUCAAGUGUUUUUCAAUGAUCAUAUUUCCAAUGAUUUCAAUACCCUCUUUGCUGCCCUCCCUUGGCUCUCUAAGGUGCCAGAGAAGUUGCUAGAUAAAAACUCUCCAACUUGGAAUAAGGGAAAGAUUCACUACACUGGUGCUUCAGGUGAAGUAAUGAAAGCUUAUGCAGCGCAAUUUGAAAGUGACAUGGAGAAUUUUCUGGAGGCUAGAGCUAAGGAAGUUGUUGUUGGUGGAGUGAUGGUACUUGCCAUCCAAAGUCUCCUAGAUGAUGUUGAUCAAUCUAAGACCCCAUCUGGUUUGAUGUUUAAAUUUGUUGAAGCUGGCCUUAUGGAUAUGGUGAAUGCGGUGAGUCAAUGA